UUUCCCACUACAGAUUCCACUAAAUUUCUGAGAAAAGAUUCUGGUCUUACAAAAUUACAAGGCCCUUGUGUCUUCCGUCCACUACUCACAGACUUUCUAUAUACACACCUAAUCUCUACAUAAAAUCUCUUCUUGUCCUUUUUCAGCUCUAUAUAGCCUUAUUGCACAUGUAAGAAUAGUCAUCAAAACCCACAGAGAAUAGAGAGAUUAGAGAGAGAAAGAUGGAGAGAGCUUUGAAUAGACAGAAGGUUUUGCUAGGACAUCUAUUGCCCUCUUCUUCAUCAUCUUCCCCAGAUUCUUCACUAUCUGCUUCGCUUUGUGUUGCCGGAGAUAGUAGUGCUUAUCAUAGACAGGCUGCUUUUGGAGAUGAUAUUGUGAUUGUGGCUGCAUAUCGAACUGCUAUAUGCAAGGCAAAGCGUGGGGGUUUCAAGGAUACUCUUCCAGAUGAUUUACUUGGAGCUGUUUUGAAGGCAGUGAUAGACAAAACAAACUUGGAUCCACGUGAAGUGGGGGAUAUAGUUGUUGGCACUGUCUUAGCUCCUGGUUCACAUAGAGCUAUUGAGUGCAGGAUGGCAGCCUUCUAUGCUGGUUUUCCUGAUACUGUUCCUCUUAGAACGGUCAACAGGCAAUGUUCAUCUGGCCUCCAGGCAGUUGCUGAUGUAGCUUCAGCCAUAAAUACAGGAUUUUAUGAUAUAGGUAUUGCGGCUGGACUGGAGUCCAUGACAGUUGAUCAAAUGGGCAUAAAUUGGAAAAUUAACCCAAAAGUUGAAAUGUUCCAACAAGCUAGGGAAUGUCUUCUUCCGAUGGGAAUUACAUCUGAGAAUGUUGCAAUGCGUUAUGGCGUAACACGUGAAGAACAAGAUCAAGCAGCAGUUAUAUCUCAUAAGCGUGCUGCUGCUGCAAAUGCAUCUGGAAGAUUUAAGGAUGAAAUUAUUCCGGUUAAUACAAAGAUUGUGGACCCGAAGACCGGAGAGGAGAAAUCUGUAACAAUAUCUGUAGAUGAUGGCAUUCGACCUGGCACAACUAUGGAAGCUCUGUCAAAGCUGAAACCCUCAUUUAAGAAGGAUGGGACCACAACUGCUGGUAAUGCUAGCCAAGUAAGUGACGGUGCUGGGGCAGUCCUCCUCAUGAAAAGAAGUGUAGCUGUUAAAAAGGGACUUCCCAUUCUUGGUGUAUUCAGGAGUUUUGCCGCUGUUGGAGUUGAUCCUGCUGUCAUGGGAGUCGGGCCAGCAGUAGCAAUUCCAGCUGCUUUGAAGUCCGCAGGUCUUCAAGUUGAUGAUAUUGAUUUGUUUGAAAUAAACGAGGCUUUUGCAUCGCAGUACGUAUAUUGCUGUAAGAAGCUAGAGCUUGAUCCAGAAAAGGUCAAUGUCAAUGGAGGAGCACUUGCUCUUGGGCACCCUUUGGGUGCUACAGGUGCUCGUUGUGUUGCAACUCUACUGAAUGAGAUGAAGCGUAGGGGUAAAGACUCUCGUUAUGGUGUGAUUUCAAUGUGCAUAGGAUCAGGCAUGGGGGCUGCAGCUGUUUUUGAGAGAGGGGACUGUGUCGAUGAGCUGUCCAAUGCUAGAAUUGCGGGAACCAGCAGUUCGUGAUCAAAGGAUGCCCAAUAGAUCGAUGUCUUCAAAACCAUUGUGGAAGUUAAGAUGUUAUAGGACAAUCUUAUAUAUAUUGUAAUUUCAAAUUUCGGUCAAAGUAUUUAUAUUAGAAUAGAGUUGGGCUCCGUAAAGACCCACAUAUACGGAGAUCGUGGAGACCUAUGUUAUGGCCCUUGGAUCGAUUUUCUUUGUGUUUCUGGGAAUAAAGAGAUUAUAAGUACAUUUUUUAAAAUUUGUUUUUUCAUUAA